CCUUCCUGUUUAGUCAGUAGUAGAUAUUUAUAUUUUAUAUUACACACUCGAAAGAAAUCCAAGACAAGUCAACUAUUUAAGAAUAAUGGCAAGUAGCUGGAGUGUUUGUGGAGUCUGUGAUUAUCGCCACAUUACCAAACCAUCAGUUGUCUGGUGCACUGAAUGUGAUGAAGGGCUUUGUGGAGAAUGUAAAGACCAUCAUAGUAUUUCAAAAGGAACAAGAAAUCACGACACUGUAUCUAUUACCGAGUAUCAGAAACUUCCAAGCGAAGUUUUACAAUUGGCAAAUUCUUGUGAUAAGCACAACGAGAAAUAUGUGCUAUUCUGUAAAAAGCAUGAUUGUCCGUGCUGCAAGAAAUGUGUCGUUAAAUCACACAUGGAAUGUAAAGAAUUGACCGAUAUCGAUGAUAUAACACGAAACAUCAAAUCUUCAAAUGCUUUUGCAGACAUCGAACAGACCUUGUCAGAAAUUGCAGAGAAUAUCAAAAGACUUCGAAUUGACCGGGAAGACAAUAUGACAUCAAUCGGAAACAAGAGUAGAGAAAUUGAAAAAGAGGUUCUAGAAACUCGUGCCAGGAUCAAUCUUCAUCUGGAUAAACUUCAGGAUGCCAUAUUGAAAGAUCUAAAAACAAGAGAAGAAGAAGAAAGUAACAAAAUACGACAACUACUGAAGUCAAUGUCAGACAAGGAAAAAGCGAUCGCAGAACUCCAAACAAAUAUUGGCAAUAUAAAGCAGUAUGCAUCAGAUCUGCAAACCUUCCUUGCUUUGAAACAUAUAGAAAAAGAUGUCGUAGCAGAAGAAAAGUACAUUCAAUUAAUGGUCAAAAGUGAUGGUGGAAACCAAAUAGACUUUUUGUGCAAGACUAAUCCCUCUUUGCAAGGUUUGAUAUCUGCCAUUCAGAAAUUUGGAGAUGUCGUGGUGACUUCGGAGCCAUGUAAAAUACCAAUCCUUAAACAAAAGGACACACAAGCUCAGAUGAUGGUUGCUACAACAUCUAUGACUAUCGAUAGCCUGACACCUUCAUUACAACAGACACUAAAUACAAAAUUGUCAUUUGUAACCGGGUGCACGUUUCUGUCUGAUCACAGAAUGGUAAUAUCAUGCUUAGCCAAAGGCAUGAUUAAAGUUUUUAGGCCAGAUGCAUCUCUGGAUUUUGAGAUUGGAAACUUAAGUAGAGUAUUUGAUUUGGCAAACAUAGGAGAUAAGUCAGUCGCUGUGACUUCUGGUUAUCAUGAGGACUGCCGUCAAAUUAAUGUAAUUGACUUAAAGGAAAGGAAAGUAAAGAAAACAUUAAACGUGAAUUCAGUAAACUCUGGAGUAGCAUACUUUGAAGACAGGUUGAUUUAUUGUGCUGAAAAGGAUGGGAUACAAAUGAUCAAUCUUAAUGAUGAAUCUAUUAUCAAUAUUACUAAAACCGUAGUAACAAGUUUUACGUAUGUUACAGAAUUCAGAGACAAUAUAUUCUUUACAAACUGUAACAAUAACAGUGUAACUUGCGUUGACUUUAAAGGGAACACACGAUGGGUGUUCAAAAAGAAAACACUAAGUGUUCUUAAAACCCCUUUUGGUAUAUCUGUAGAUGGAGGUGGAAAUGUUUAUGUAGUAGGAGGAGGUUCGAAUAAUGUAGUGGUUAUCUCUUCCAACGGACAAAACUAUAGAGUGAUUUUAACAAGUGCGAACGGACUGAAGGAACCAGCAGCUAUACACGUUGAUAGAUCAAAUUUCAAGAUGUUAGUUGCAAAUAGAAAUGGAACUGUGUUCCUAUAUAAUCUUAAAUGA